AUCCGUAACCGACACGAUCUUCGCUAAUACUAGCUGAAAUUGCUGUGUACUACAUCUUCAUUUUCAGAUAAGUCUCUUUCGUCGCUCGCUCACAGUAGGAGUGCUUCUUGUGCACAGAGAAGGUUGUUAUAAUUCGACUUGGCGAUAAGAGCCAGCUGACCAACAGAACUGUUCCUUCGACCGGUGUAAUUUAUAUCUGAAGAAAAAAAAAGUCGAGAAGCUUAAGUUAUGUCCGGAGAUGUCCAGCCCAGGAAACGCAAGGAUAAGAAAAGGAAGAAAGAUGACGAGGACACGGUAAAGGAGACUUCAACCCCGAAACACAUCGCUACCAGUGCGGCCCAGGCCGCCACCCAGCCUGGCGAUGUUCAGAUGCACAUCCACAGCGAUCACGGCACCGGCGGGAACUGGUGUGCCAAGAUUGUGUUCUUCCUGUUGCUGACUGGACUGGGGGUGCUGAUUGGGCUGAUCAUUAUCGAGAACCGAGGGGUGUCGAAUGCUGAUACACCGCUGUCGGAGUCUCGCUACGCGGAGUACCUCAACGGGUGGGUUGACGAGAACCGCGAGGACGAUCAUCACCAUGAGGAGAUUUUGAAUGCCAUUAAUCAGCUGGAGGAGGAAGAGGAUCACGAUGAGGAUGAAGGUCAUGGUGAACCGUACGCUGAAGAGGAAGAUCACGAUGAUGAGCAGGAUGGUGAACACGAAGACGACGAAGAGGAGGAAGAAGAAGCAGUACAGAAACUGGAUGACGACGAAGUAGAAGAAAUUUUGGCGGUUGAGAAGGUGUCCACACAGGAAGCGGAAGUCGCAGAGGAGGAUGAUGGCGCGGAUGAAGAUGAUGAUAACGAGAAUGACAACAAUGGCAAUGAAGAAGAUGAUGCCGAUGUCGAUGUCGAUGAAGACGAAGAUGACGAUGACGUUGACGUCGAUGGCGAAUCCGAUGAUAAUGAGGCUAUUACAGAACCAAAUGAAAACGACGAAAACGAUGAAGACAAUGACGAGGAACAGGACGGGACAAAGGAUACGGAGGAAGCCACGGAAGUGGAAAAUGAGAAAGAUGUGCCGGUAGCUGAUCAGCCGGACGACGAUGACGAUGAUCAACCCAAUGACGAAGAUGGUGAAGACGAUGCCAAUGAUGCCGAUUCCAUUGCUAAAGAAAUUGACGAACUGGCGGACGCUGAUGAUGACGACAACACGCCGUUUGAUGAAGAGGCUAACAAACAGAAAAUCCCGUUGGUAAACGAGAAUGCUCAGUUACAACAAAAAACUGAUCCAUCUCAGAACAUCGAAACGCAACCUAUUUCUAUGGACGCCAAAAUCGAACCAGAAACUCCUGUGGUUAGUGCUGAGAUACUUAAAACUCAAAUGGAUGAGUUGGUAGAAAACUAUAACAAAUUAGCAGAAAUGUUAAAUGUGCCAAAGGAACAAAGGGGUAAACAGGACGACAACGACAAUGAAGAUGACGAUGAUGACGCCGGACAGGUCGUACCAGCUGAUGAUGAAGCUGAUGACGACAAUGAUAAUAUAGACAAUCAUGGUGAUGACGAAGACGAUAAUGAUGCUAAUAAUGAUGAUGAUGAUGACGAUGACGUUUUCGAAAACGUCGUCGAUAAUGACGGUGGGGAGGAGGAAUAUCUCGCUAAGGUGAGAAAAGAGCAGGAGCUCAAAAACCAAAUCAGCAAGGAGCAAGAAAAGGAGGAUCCCAGAGAAGAAUCAUCUCUUGCGGUUCAACUUUUUGUCGGUGCGGCGCUGGUCGUCGUCGCCGUCCAUCUCCUGUUGAAGCCUCCGCGUGGUCCCUCUCGGUCGGAACCGGCAGCGUCAUAUAAACGCUCUGAGCCGACAGCAAUAACCUCUACAGUUUCCAAUUCGGAGGAAAUAUUGACAAAGAGUGAGAAGGUUACGAGUGCGGCCACGAAAAAAGACGUCAAUAUUAUUGAGCAAUUCGUUAACCAAACAAAAGAUUUCGAUCCAUCAACGGUCAACAUUGAAGAUUUUGUAAACAUUGGAGUCGAUCAGCAUGGUGAUAGUGAACUUGUAGAAGAAAAUGUUAACGAAUAUCCGGAAGAAGUCUCCUACUCCGGAGAAGAGGACUACGAUUUUGAGCAAGAAGAAUACAUAGAUGAGCUAGAAGAAAUCGAAGAAGAAGAGGAACAGGAAUACGAACAAGAUCAGGAUUUGCACAAAUUAGAAGAACAGGAACGUGAAAUCGGUACUUUUGUGCCGACCACCUUCGAAGAGUUCAGUGCAAUGUAUCGUUCCAAUGCGACAGAGACUGAUUCCACCACGCCAACGGAACCCAUUCAAAUCACUGAACCACUUCCCCCCAUAACUAAACCGACGCCGCCACCAACGAAGAACAACGCCCCACUAGUCUACAAAGAGUCCCCCCUGAUGAAGAAGAAACCUCCGAAGGGUGCUGUCAACAUGCUGAUAUACGGCUUACACAAGGAUCCCUUUAUCACAGCUGAUGACAUGCAACCUUCCACGGAGAAAGUUGCUACAACCAGUCAGGGAACGAAGGAGAAACGCGUUGAGUUUUUACUGCCCGAUGAAUCGAGCGGUGUCGUGAAAUCAGACUCACUUGAAUUGCUGCCGGAUCUGCCGGAACCAGUAGACAAUGGAAGCAAAGAGAAUCUAUUCAUACCAGAUGACGACUACGGUGCCGAUGAAUCGUUCGAGGAUGAGAUGGGCUAUGAAGAAGAAGAUGAACUGAAUUCCGUACUGCUUCGGCAGUAUCCGUCCGAUGAAGAGGAGGAAUCUUAUUCGGAUGAGAUUCAGGAAGACGUUUCGGACAUUGAUGAUUCAGACCUGAUGAGAAGGUUGGAGGAAAAAUAUGGCAAACUGGAGAGCGAAAAGGUUCCCGAAGUAGAGCAGGAAGAUCCCGACGACAGUUGGACAAAAAUUCCCUCUAGGCCUAGUAGACCUCAAACCUACGCAGAAGAGCUGAGUAAAGCUGAUCGACAGCUCGAGGAGUUCCGGAAUGCGAAGCAAGCACUGGCCAGUUACGAGGCUGUGUUGAUUAAACAACCCCGCCUGAUAGCGGCAUUAGUUGGAAAAGCCCGCGCCUUGGAUCUGCUUGCCGAACAGGAACAAUGUAACAUCGUUCUCGGGGAAGCAAUCGAAGCCUACCGGGAUGUGAUCUCGAUGGGACCAGCGACAGACGAUGAGACCUUCAAGAGCGUGGCCGAACGCUGUAUCGAACGUAUUCGAUUCCGUGGUCAGUACUUGAAAGCGCUUGACAUCCAUUUUGCGUUGAUCAAACGGUUCGACUCGGUGCCAAAAUAUAGAAAUCAACUGGCGGUUACAUAUCUGUUGGCGAAUCGUUUAGCUGAAGCGAAAGCAAUUUUACAUGAUACACUUUUGCGGUGGAUCGACGAUGGAUUCGCUUUGGUUCACUAUGGAUUCGUUGUCAAAAAUCACGACCGGAAUAUGGAACUAGCGGUUCAGUAUCUGCAGGAAGGAAUCGAAACUGGACACGAAGGAACCAACGAAGGUCGAUUUUAUUUCCACUUGGGUGAUGCUCUGCAACGGUUAGGUAGAAACCAAGAAGCGUUGGAUGUUUAUAAGAAGGGAGCGGAACAGAAAUUGUUUCUCUCCAUGUAUCAACGAUCCCUGUACAAUGUAGAAAGUCUACGAUCUCGACCUUUUUGGACGAUUGAGCAGACCACAUUCGCUUCCCAGCUGGAACUGAUUCAAUCACAGUGGACUGCCAUCCGGGACGAGGGUCUUAAACUGUUGAAUGCGGCAGGGACCUUCAAAGACGAAGUGGAAAAUCUUCGCGAAUCGGGCGAUUGGAAACAGUUCGAACUGUUUCUACGUGGCUAUCGGAUAGAUAAAAACUGCGCUAAAGCACCACUAACUUGCAAGUUGGUCGAACAGUUUGCUGCAGCACGAACCUGCAAACGAGGUCAGGUGAAGUUCAGCGUAAUGCAACCGGGAACGCACGUAUGGCCACAUUGUGGUCCGACGAACUGCCGAAUACGAGCACAUCUCGGGCUGAAGGUGCCGGAUGGGGUUACAAUUCGUGUCGCUGAUGAAAUAAGAUCGUGGGAAAAUGGCAAGUGGCUAAUAUUUGACGAUAGCUACGAGCAUGAGGUGUGGCACAAUGGCACCGGUACUCGACUGGUGCUGAUCGUUGACUUUUGGCACCCGGAUCUGAGUGAAAACCAGCGCAAAACACUGUCCGCGAUAUGAGCGAUAUGAGUCCAAGGAGCGCAACGUCGUGUAACGCUACAACGAACAAGGUACCAAAGGCUAUAAGUAUAUGUAUCCUUACGAAAAAAACUACUCGUCUAAAGAGCAAUAGUUUUGUACAGGAACAAGAAGUGCAUUUUUUAGAUUUUAUCCCGUUUCUAAAACACAAAGUUCAGAUUUUUAACGCAGCGUUAUGCUUUACCGUUCCAAACUAGAUCGUUUCGGUUUUUUUAAAUGUUUCUCCUAGAAUAGUUAUCGCGUGAAUGAGAUAUAUAAAAAUGAAUCAUUUGUAUAUUUUGAAGAACUUUGCGGAGAAUGAUGGUUGAUAGUCUGCCGCGACUAGCAAUUAAUCGGUUUUAAUUUUACGUUAAAGACCAUAAUUUUAGAAGGACAAUCAAAGACUUACUACGGUUACACGUUACGUACAGACAGCUUAGGUCAGAUUUGUAUUUAGAAUUAAAGUGUAAACUGUUUAAAUAA